AUUAACUACUCCGUACUCUUAUUCUAACGAUUGAUAUCGUCUCCAUGUCAAUAACAUCAAUCCGCAUUUAGCCAAUGCAAUUGUACAACCCCUCCUCAUAACCUUACCAUCCCCCAUAAACUACCACAAUGUCCAAACUCCUCCGCCAACCCGUCACCCUCGCCCUCAUCCAACUCGCCUCCACCGCCUCCAAACCUCACAACCUCACCCAUGCCCGCUCCCUCGUCCUCCGCGCCGCCCAACGCGGCGCCCGCAUCAUCGUCCUCCCCGAAUGCUUCAACUCGCCCUACGGCACCAAAUACUUCCCCACCUACGCAGAGACCCUCCGCCCCACCCCGCCGUCCGAGACCGAUAGCCCCUCGUACCACGCGCUGAGCAACAUGGCGAAGGAGGCGAACUCGUACCUCGUGGGCGGCAGCAUCCCGGAAUACGACACGGAGACGAAGAAGUACUAUAACACGAGCUUGACGUUCGGGCCGGCGGGCCAGUUGCUCGCGACGCAUCGAAAGGUGCAUCUGUUCGACAUCGACAUCCCGGGCGGGUUCAAGUUCAAGGAGAGCGAGGUGCUGAGCCCGGGGAAUAAUGUGACGGUAGUGGACCUGCCGGAGUACGGGAAGCUAGGGAUCGCGAUCUGCUACGACGUGCGGUUUCCGGAGCUGGCGACCAUCGCAGCGCGGAAAGGAGCGUUCGCGCUGGUGUAUCCCGGGGCGUUUAACAUGACGACGGGGCCGAUGCAUUGGGAGCUGCUGGCGCGGGCGCGGGCGACGGAUAAUCAGGUGUAUGUGGGGUUGUGUUCACCGGCGAGGGAUGUGGGUGCGGAUUACCAUGCGUGGGGGCAUACUGUGUUGGUGGAUCCGAAUGCGGAGGUGAUGGAGAGUUUGGGGGCGGAGGAGGGGAUUUUGUUUGGAGAGUUGAGGGGGGAGAGGAUCGAGGAAGUGAGGAAGGGAAUUCCGUUGUAUACGCAACGACGGUUUGAUGUGUACCCGGAUGUGAGUGAGGGGAAGAUAAGGUUUGAAGAUUGACGUGGUUCUCGUUGCUCGUGUACAGUAUGAAUUACGAAAAUGUAUAGACGCGAGUCUAGCUAUGUAUAUGUCCCUUGGUGGCAUCAAUCAUCCAGUUGGAUAAAGGAAAUGAGGUAUCUUUUUAACCA